UGUAUGCAGAAGCGAUCUGCUACAAACCUGUUGGUUAGUCACGUGUCCUCGUAGUUGACAUGCUGUUAUCUUUUUCUAUGGCUCAGCAAUGUUGGUAGUUGGGAGUGGGAGGCCCGGCGAUGAUACAGACGUUGAUCCUCCAUGCAAUGGAGUUAUACUGCUGGGUUGGCAUGAUGAAGGCCAUGAAGCACAAGCUGAGGCUAGCAGGGAGGGGUACGUAAUAGCCAGAAGGAGAAAUACCGGAGACGGAUUGUGGAUGUUACGACGAAUUGUAGACCUGGCCCAGCAUACCGUAGGGAAGACGAAGACGGGGGUGAAGGACCUGCUUCAACAAAGAGACUAGCUGCUGAAGGAGGUGCCUCUGCAACCAGAUUCCAGCAGGCUAUUAUGAGCUAUCUGAAAAAAUGUGGGAUGGAGUGCAAUAAUAAUCAGUGGAGCAUGGAGCAUGGGGCUGGGAUGAAGGCACAUACUGAUCAAGAUAGCUCAAAGGGUAAAUGCAAAUGGGGGGACAAGUACCCAAAAUUUGUUGGUCUAUCCCAUGAUGAACUGUCGAAGGGGAGUAUUGAGAAGUUCCAUGCUAACAUGCUAACCGUCGAAGGGGAGUAUUGAGAAGGGGAGUAUUGAAAAGGAAAUGGGUGAAGCACUUCCAACCAAUACUGGCGGUGGCAUCUCGUGAGGACAUUAACGAUGAACUCACUCCAGGUGGUGAUGUGACGUUUAACCUCAUGCGAUGCAUAGUGCGCGCACUAGUGGAGAAAGAAAAAAAUGUACAAAGGCUGACUGGACAGAUGGAGAGGACUCUUUGAUCCUAGAUUUGUGGACGAGGUGUGUAAAGACGAUGAGGAUAAGGACUGGGGUUACAUCUACAGCAUGAUGGACUCUAAGUCGAUGGGGUACAGAAUUGAAUGGCUGACCAAGUUCAUGUUCCCGGUGCACCUCAUGGACUGUUGGUCUAUGUACAUCCUGGACACAAACAAGAAGGUGAUGAUGGUGCUCGACCAAACAGAAACCGAUCCAACAGAUGAGAUGAAGAUAAAGCAUGAUUCGCUCGCUAGGAAGUUCCAGCAAAGAUUUUGUUGUCUUAUGAAUGACGUGUUUGGUGUGUUUGGUGGUGAGCUGGUUGAGACGGGUGGAUGGUCUUUUGUUUACCCUCUGGUCACACAACAUGAGCCAUGCAGCAGUGAGGACAGUGGAGUUUACAUGGUGCACUACUUCAAGGAGUUCACAGGGCUUUACCUACGCUCGACUCUGAACCAGGCACAAAUUGAUGAUAUGCGGAAGAAGCUUGCUUACGAGAUAGUGACGAUGAAGGGGAACAAGGGGGACAUCCCGGAGUUCCUUUAUGAAGCGACCAUUGACUGAACUUGGAGGGAAAAGUGAUAUGAGCGGUAAAAAAUGGAGCAUGGCAAUAUCUUUUGGCGGCACGAGUGUUUGGCGUUUAGAACGGCCAACAGAUAAAAUGUUGGAAAUUUGGUAGCAGAUGGACAACCCACCCCCACCC